CGCCUUUUAGGCGCCCGCGCGGCUGGGACAUCCCAGUCCCGCUUGGUCCUCCUCGCCCGCUACCAGUGCGUCCAGUCCGCGUAGCCAGCCCAGUUCGCCCCGUGCGCACCGCCCGCCGGCCGGCCCGUCCCCCACCGCAGCCAUGGAUGCCAUCAAGAAGAAGAUGCAGAUGCUAAAGCUGGACAAGGAGAAUGCCAUCGACCGGGCAGAGCAGGCUGAGGCCGACAAGAAGCAGGCUGAGGACCGCUGCAAGCAGCUGGAGGAGGAGCAGCAGGCCCUCCAGAAGAAGCUGAAGGGGACGGAGGAUGAGGUGGAGAAGUAUUCUGAGUCAGUGAAGGACGCCCAGGAGAAACUGGAGCAGGCUGAGAAGAAGGCCACUGAUGCCGAGGCAGAUGUGGCCUCUCUGAACCGCCGUAUUCAGCUGGUAGAGGAGGAGCUGGACCGGGCGCAGGAGCGCCUGGCUACAGCCCUACAGAAGCUAGAGGAGGCUGAGAAGGCAGCUGAUGAGAGUGAGAGAGGAAUGAAGGUCAUCGAAAACCGAGCCAUGAAGGAUGAGGAGAAGAUGGAGCUGCAGGAGAUGCAGCUGAAGGAGGCCAAGCACAUCGCUGAGGAUUCGGACCGCAAAUAUGAGGAGGUGGCCAGGAAGCUGGUGAUCCUGGAAGGAGAGCUGGAGCGCUCAGAAGAGAGAGCCGAGGUGGCUGAGAGUAAAUGUGGGGACCUAGAGGAGGAGCUGAAAAUUGUUACCAACAACUUGAAAUCCCUGGAAGCCCAGGCGGACAAGUAUUCCACCAAGGAAGAUAAAUAUGAAGAGGAGAUCAAGCUACUGGAGGAGAAGCUCAAGGAGGCUGAGACCCGAGCAGAGUUUGCCGAAAGGUCUGUGGCAAAGUUGGAGAAAACCAUUGAUGACCUGGAAGACGAAGUCUAUGCACAGAAGAUGAAGUACAAGGCCAUCAGCGAGGAGCUGGACAACGCACUCAAUGACAUCACCUCCCUCUGAGCCCCUCACCAGUGUGGCCCCCUGGCCCCUUCUCUCCUCUCCUUUCCAUUCUUUCUGUGGCGGGGGGGGCAGGAGGAGCAGAAAUUGCCAACAUUGCGCAGCCAGGCGGGGCCAGCCUAGGAGAGCCCCAGCACACCUGCCACCCACCCUGGCACCUGCUUCGUCCUUCUCUCCAUCCACUCCCCCCUCACCCACCUGCCUCUACCUCUCUCUGCUGCUUAAUAAACUCAACUUGGUCUCCAUGCGGUUUCCUGCCCUCCAGAGAGCACUUCCAUCACCCCCCAGAGCACUGGUUCCCUGCUGAGACCUGGGCUCUUACAGACACCCCAAAUCUUGUGACCACCCAGUGAUCUCACCCACAAAACACUGUGGCACACACCAAAACCCCCCUGCAUGGGCACUCCCGGUCUGUCACUUGGACUCUUGCUGCUGCAUGUGGGCAUGUGUGACCCCAGGAGUCACCGUGAGAAGGGUGAGGCCCACCCUUCUGCAGACCCAGGCCUGUCACUGACCUCCGAGCACUCAGCCGGGCUUCCAGGAGCUGAAGGAAUGACUGGAGGGGAAACGGGGUGGUGAGGUGCAGGGGAGGGGCAAGAGGGUUGUGAAAGGUCUGGGAUGAAGCUUGGAAAAGUGUUGGAUGCCAGCAACAUUGGGCUUUCACUCCAGGUCUGUUUUCUGCCUCAAGUCUGUGUGUCUGGCCUUCCCUUUCCUGGCGCAGUCUUUGUCUUCUGUUUCCAACUCACACCUUCUAAAGGAGGGUAAACUAGUUUAUGACUCAGACCUUCCCAUCCCACCUCCAUGACCCCAAAGCCUUGAGUGAGGCAUCCAUGUCUGUCCUGGUCAGUCCAUCCAUUCACCCCAGCCACGGGUCCUCAGAGCCCUGAAUGCUUGCGUCUUCCUGUGCCUCCAACCAGUCCGUGUCUAUUUGUCACGUCCCCCGUCCAUGCCUCCCCACAUAUCUCCCCUUCCCCUCUUCAUAUGCUGCUUCCCC